UCUGGGCGUCAGUCGUUGUUCUGUGUUCAACAAAAUCUUGUCAUUCGAAGACUGCACACUGUUUCUUGUUUAAUAUCGGUUUUGGUCGAGUAGUUCCCAACAGACAAAAUGGAGCAGAUAAAGAAAAAGAUGGCUGUUCUUCGUGACACUCUCGCUGAUGCAGAAAAACGGGCUGAUAAAGCAGAGGGCGACUUGAAAUCGGCGAAAGAUCGAGCCGCAGAAACUGAACAGGAAGUAUCUUCCUUAACAAAAGAGUUGCAACAGAUUGAAGAUGAUUUGGAUGCUGCAGAAUCACGCCUUAGUACAAUAACAGAACAACUGAAACAAGCUGAGGCACAAGCAGAUGAGAGUGAAAGAGUGAGGAAGGUUUUGGAAAACAGGGGUUUGGCUGAUGAAGAGAGGUCUUCCCAGUUUGAGGCCAAAUUGGCUGAGGAACGAGAGAGAGCUGAAAGAGCUGAGAGAGAGUAUGAAGAGAUUGCUGCAAAGAUAGCCGUACUGGAAAAUGAAUUGGAAGAAACAGAAAACAGGGCUGAGGAAGCAGAAGAGAGUGUUAAGACUCUGGAGGAAGAGGUCACCUUGGUUGGAAACAAUUUGCGAAGUUUAGAAGUCAGUGAAGGAGAGGCUUCCAAACGAGAGAUAGAUUAUGAUGACAAGAUCAAAAAGCUUGAAUCUGAGUACAAUGAGGCUGAAGAGAGAGCAACUCAAGCUGAGGCCAAGGUGGUAGAACUGGAGAAAGAGAUUGAUAACUUGGAUGCUGAACUGGAAAGGUCCAAGGAAGAAUAUAACAAAGUAAAAGAUGAACUAGAUCAGACCAUGCAAGAGUUGAACGAAAUGUAAAAGCAAAACUAGUUCACAGGGAACUGUCGGGAACAAUUUGCCUCUUGUGUCAUCUAAACUUGUGUAAACUAGGAGUUUGGUGGUUGACAAGAUGUGUUGAGUUUUUCAGUUGAAUAAUUUCUCUUUUAAUUUAAUUAGGUUUUUAGGAAAAUUGAAUUACAUGUAACAUCUAUGUGAGAUUAACGUAUUAACGUAGCCUGCAAAUACAUCAACCUUUCAUCUUUGUUGUUGUUGCUACUGGUGCAGUCUCUCUCAAUAAACACCUGUUUUAGAACUC